GUGCCGCGCGCGAUGCACAAAACGCCGCGUCACGCGCACCCAGAGCACCGCCAAGCUACCGGUGCAGUGUUGCCGCCGCGGGAGACCGACUGAGCGAGCGCGCGCGCAUGCUCGCUGCCCGCGGUGUUACCGUGCGCAAGCCCGGCUGCACUGCAGGACUGGACCGCGCGCGCAUAUGCGGCGGGACGACCCACCAGCGGAGGCGGACCGCCUGCCCGCCCGCCUGCGAUUUUUUUCCCUUCCUUCAAUGUGUCAAUGUCGAGCGAUUCGCCACGGCCGCCAGAAGUAGUCGCCGAGACGGAAGCAACAUGUGCUGUACACGCGAUUCCGAGUUGAGUGCGGUUAGGGUUUUUGACGCUCGUGCCGCCGCCGCCGCCGUUACGGCGCUCUCCCGUUAACCACCGCCGGUGAUAUUAUUAUUAUUAUUAUUAUUAGACGUGUCCUGACCGUUUUGUUCGUGAGUCUCUCACCGCUUCAGGUUAUUGUAAUUAUCUACAUCGUAUAAUAUAGUGUUUUCGGUUUUGGUUCGUUUUUUUUUUUGGCUUCGUCCUCGUCGAAGGAUACUUGUAAUUUAUAAUAAUAUAAAAUUUGAAAGAUCCAAAAACUAGUGCAUCGGUACAAGAACUAUUUUUACGGCGGUGUCAUGUUCCCGGGCGGUUGUUACGACGAUUCCUCGAUCGUACCGUCGUUCAUGUAUGCGGGCUGCACGCCUAUGCCGCAUGGCGUAACCGGUUUCGCGCCGGCUGUAGACCGUCAUCGUCACCAAUACGCGCCACAUAUUCAGAAGCAGCUCCACCAUAGAGACCUGCAGCUGCCGUACCACCAACUCCGUGACUCGCCGAUGCAGCACCUCGAUCACGCAAACAUGUGCGCCGCGAUUUCGUCGUCUCCGAUCACGCCACUGGACAACGGUUACCGGUCCAUGUCGUCAUCGCAGUCGUCGCCCAUGUCAUCCUCUUCAUCGAUGUCGCCCAUGUCGUAUGGUCCCGGAUAUUCGCCUAAUCAGGUGUCGUACGACUGUCACGGCGUUCCCGCUCAUCCGUCGGUGACCGACUUUCAGCCGCCGUCGCACGACCAAUAUUAUAAUUUUACAACAUACGAAAAUAACCAUCCCCCGGCAGUCGGCCUUAACGCUCUAGUGCCGUUGCCCACACAGCCGCCGACCCAAACUUUCCAAAACUACAACAACAACAACAACAACAACAACAACAACAACAACAACUAUUACAACAACAACAACAACAACAUAAAAUACAACAACAAUAAUACUUACACCGAUAGCUACAAAUACCUGGAUUUGCAGCAGACCGCAAAUAAGCCCACCGGAAACAAUUCCAGCAGAGAAAGUCGAAAUUUGGCAGAAAAAAACCGACGACAAAAGUUGAAUAAAUUUAUCACAGACCUUACAGAACUUGUACCACUAAUAUCAAAUUCUUCUAAAAAAGUAGAAAAAACGAGUGUUCUUAGACUCAGUGCUGCAUUUCUCCGGCUGAAGCGAUUAUUAUUAGGACUAAAAAAAAAUCGUGAAAAACUGCCAGGUUACAUAAAUGAGGUUAAUGUGGCUGAUCUUCUGUUGGACGAGAACGAUAUAUACCUUAUGGUCACAUCAGGUGGUAAAAUAGUAUUUGUUUCGCACUCCGUGGAGAAAAUAUUAGGCUAUUCACAGAUCGAUCUCAUGGGCCAAUCACUUUUUAAUUUUGCCCAUCCCAAAGAUCACGAUGAGCUAAGAAAAAACCUCAAGUAUCAAGACGAAACAUCAAACAGUGGCACCAACGAUACUAAUGAUCCUUUACUGAAUAGUGAUGGAAAUUUUAAAAUACAACGUCGAACAUUUUAUUUACGGUUGGUCAAAAAAGUGGUUUCUCGUGAUGAACAACCAGAGGUGGAGCUGGUACAUGUUAUGGGAACAUUAAUGGUUCAAAAAUCCGAUUCAAAAAAUUCUGAAGUCACUGAAAAUGAUAUAGUUUUAAAUGCAGUUGUCAGGCCAUAUAAUGAACGACGUGUGACUGAAGUAUCAAUGUUAGAAGCAACUCGUGAAGAAUACAUAACUAGACAUCAAAUUGAUGGCCGUAUAAUAUAUGUUGAUCAUAGAAUUUCGAUUGUAUCUGGAUUCAUGCCUCAAGAAGUAUCUGGACAACUGGCAUUCAAAUACAUGCAUAAAGAUGAUGUACGUUGGGUGAUGAUUGCUCUAAGACAAAUGUAUUUUAAGGGUCAAAGUUUUGGUAGUAGUUGCUAUAGAUUGUUGUCAAAAAAUGGAGAAUUUGUGUAUAUGCGAACACAUGGUUUCUUGCAAUUGAAUCCAAUUGAGGAUACAAUUGAAUCGUUCAUUUGUGUUAAUACUUUGGUAACCCCAGAAGAAGGAAAAAGAGAAAUAAUUGAAAUGAAAAAACGGUUUACACCAUUAAUAGUUGCUGCAUCUGAACCUGGAAUUGCUGCAAUAACUAAUAAUCAAUUUAUGGAAAAAGAAUCUACUGUAACAUUGGAAGAUGUUACUGAAGAUGUUAAAACACUGGACAAGGUGGUCGAACAAAUGAUUAUAAAUAUUCCUGAACCAGCAAUGGACAAUUUUAAAGUUACUGCACAGAAUCCUGGACCUUUGCCAGAUAACGAGGAGUAUAUGAGGGUUGCACUAUUAUCCAAAUCAAUACCUCCAGUUUCAGUAGCAUCUAAUGCACCAAAAAUUUAUAAACGAUCAUCUCUAUCCCCUCAGCCCAAUGUGAAGCCAGUAACUCAGGAUCGGCCAUCUGUACUUCGAGUUGCCCCACCAAUUUCUCGACAACCUGUACUAGUUUACAAUCAUCCAACUUAUGAUAAAACUACAGAGAAAGAUCGAGCUUAUUUAGAGCGUAGGGGUGGCAUAUUUGUCAUACCCAAAAGACAAAACGAUUCACAAUCAAUAGAUAACUUACCAAAAAAAGCAAAAAUUGUGUUAGAGACACAAGUUGAAUCACCUGCCUGUAGUAAUUACAGCAACCAAACAGAUUCACUGUCUGAAAAUCAGCUAAGCACUUUAGGAUGUAUUGAUAAUUUUUCUAACUUUCAAGCUACUCCAAUCCAACUAAUUUCACACAACACCGAUGAACACAAUAAUAUCGAUCCUUUAAUUGCUGAUGUGACGAAUAUUGAUCAUUUCACGAAAACAAUUGCCGAUGAUAACUCUUUGUUCAUGGGACCAGAUAGUUAUAAUUCAUAUGUUACUGGUAUUUAUGAUGAUGUAAAUCCAAUAGAUAUCAUUCAAGAUCCUUUAAUUCAUGUCCUACAACAUAAUAGAAGUUUAGAAAGUGCAUUGCUUGAGAAAAAGCAGAACACACUUAAGACAAAAAUGGACCAACAACAAGGUCAGCUGAAAGAAAUCCAAACCGAGUUAAAUUCACUUUCUUCAAAUGCCAACACUCAUUUUCUAGCUACAGAUUUUUCUCACUUAAAGGCUGAACAUGAGCAUCAACAACAAGUGUUACGUGAACUACAAGGAGUACAUAAAAACAUUGGAGUGUGAUUAUCAAUACAAUAUUAUGUAACCUAAUAUUUCACUUGAGGCAUAUGAUUGACGAAAUAUAUUUUCAUUCUUAUGA